UUUUACUUUAUCUUCUCGAUCCAAGCUUAGGGUUAAAAUCUUCCGACCCGCUCUCAAGUCCUCUUCACGCAUUUCCGCCGCCAAACAAGCCUCGUCUUUCUCUUCUUCUCACUUUAUCCAUUUCCCUCUGCUCAUCGGCCAGUCCCUGACUUAAUCUUUCUAUCGCCAUCAAGCUCCCGACAGACCGGAAAAUCAAAUAAAUAAGGUUCAAUAUUUGAAGCUUGUUUCGAAGUAAGACUGAUGAGACGACAGGGACAAUAUGCGGACUCUGGUGGGAAUGCAUAUGCUUCUGCUCAGAUGCAGCAUGCUCCUGCACAGAGGAUGGAGGUUAAGCCUGGUCAAUUUCAAGGACAACUAGAAGCAUUUACCCCUGAAAGGGAUCAACCAUAUCAAACUCCAAAAUCAGAUGGCCAGUGGAGGUGGGAAAGAGAUGGAUCGAAAGUGUCAAAUCCAAUGACACCCAAAAUGUUCAACGAAGGCCAGGGGACUGAUGGAUCAAGAAUGUAUUUCCAGGGCCAGAGGCCAGAUCCCAACCUAUCUUUAGAAAAACAAAAUGCUGAUAUCAGAUCUCGACCCCAUGAUGAAAAUAUGGAAGUUGGCUAUGAGCAAAAUGUUCUGCCACCAACUUUGGAAGGUCUUGAGAAGAAAUUCCAUGAUGACAUGAUGAAGCUUGCUAAAGAACAGAGCGAAGCUGAGGAUGCAGAAAAUACUAGACAUAGAGAGAAAAUAAAUGCAAUCAAUACUCAAUAUCAGGAACAGCUAACAGCACUUCGAGCACGGCAUGCCAAUCGCAGAGAUGAGCUCCUACGAAAAGAAUCUCUUGCACGACAACAGCAAUACCAGCAGGCAAUGAUGGACUAUUAUCCUCAUACUGGUAAUAAUCCCCAUGGUUAUGGUAGCAUUGCUGGUCCCGCUGCUGUUGGAGAUGCAUAUAGAGGUUAUAACACUGAUAACUUUGACUCCUACGGAGAGAGGUCUCGAUUUCAUGGGGGUGCCAGGGAUCAGGGGUUUGAACCUAGAGGUUCAUACCAGGGAGGGCGUGCAUAUGAUACUGGUUCACGAUAUAACUGAGUUUGCUUAGCUUGAUUUGGCUACACCCUCUUGGUAUAGUUCUGAUAUCUACCCUCAGGGAUGUUGACAUGCUAUCCUGAGGUUUAUGUUACAUUGUCUGCAGUUCUCUAAGCCCUGUUGGCUUCCUGUUAUGAUUCAUGGAAAAGGCGAUCUUUUGUUUCUCUCCUCA